AUGCUCCUGCCACCCCAGCUGCUCCGAGCGGCCCGCCGUAGGGUGGGAAGCAGCUGUGGAAGGCAUCUGUUCCCUGCCUUGUGCAAUCAUCAGCAUCAGCAGCAGCACAACCGUCUCUAUGGCAUCUAUAGGAGCAGCAGGUGCGUGCACACGGAAGUGUGUGCGGGGAAGGAAGAGGAAAAGGGGGCUCUAAGUGACCUUGAGUCUGAACUGGUGGUCGUGGGCUGCGGGCAGAUGGGCACUGGAAUUGCGCUGACUGCUGCGAGGCAUCUGGCAGGAACACGCGUCACAUUGCUGGACAUAUCAAAGACGCAGCUGCAGCGGGGCCGCAAGUUCUCGGAGCUGUGGGUGCAGAAGGAAGUUGGCAAAGGAAAGCUGGAGCCAGCAGCAGCUGAGAGUUUGUUGCAACGUUUGUCUUUUAUCUUCCUUGAUCCAGAAGUUUUAAUUUCACUGGACGCAUCGGCAGCGCCCGAAGCUGUGCGGCGCUCUACAUUUUGUCUAGAAAGCGCCAGCGAGAACUUGGCUAUUAAGAGGAACAUUUUUGCCCUUUUAGAUUCUGCUGCUCCGCCUACAGCAGUCCUUGCAACAAACACCUCAUCUAUCUCCAUAACCAAGAUAGCUGCCGCCACCCGCAGCCCCCACAGAGUCAUCGGGAUGCAUUUCAUGAAUCCUGUGCCGGUGAUGCCGCUGGUAGAGAUCAUAUCUGGGCUUGACACAGACGAGAACACGAAGCUGCGCACUGAACAACUGGCAUUUCAAAUGAAAAAGACAACUGCUCAUGCGCUAGACAGGCCAGGCUUCGUCGCCAACCGCCUCCUCAUGCCGUAUCUCAAUGAGGCGGUGUUUGCUCUGCAGGUGAAUGAGGAUGUUUGUCUUGCGAUUCUCCGCGUUUUGCACUCUGAGCUCGGCGACUCGAAGUACCGCCCUGCUGAACAACUGGCAUUUCAAAUGAAAAAGACAACUGCUCACGCGCUAGACAGGCCAGGCUUCGUCGCCAAUCGCCUCCUCAUGCCGUACCUCAAUGAGGCGGUGUUUGCUCUGCAGGAGGGCAUAAGCAGCGCCGAGGAUAUUGACCGCAUAAUGCGUUUGGGGGCGAACAUGCCGAUGGGCCCGUUGGAGCUGGCUGACUUUAUUGGUUUAGAUGUUUGUCUUGCGAUUCUCCGCGUCUUGCACUCUGAGCUCGGCGACUCGAAGUACCGCCCUGCCCCUCUUCUUACCCAGUACGUUGAUGCUGGGUACCUCGGCCGAAAGUCCGGCCGUGGCUUCUAUGAAUACGCUAACAGGCAAACAGGCCUGCUGAAGUGA